GUUUAUUGUUUACGAUAUUUUUAAUGAUAACUGUUAAACAACAAUUUUUAAAAUGUCCUCUACUAAAUGUACAGUUUGUUUUACGAAAAACGAAAGUCUUAAAGAUAUUUCAAAUAUCGAUGACGAAGGGGUUACAUAUUUUUCCAAGUUGCAAUAUAUUGCCCCUGAAGUUGAAUGGAAAAAUGAUUUAAAACUUUGUGGUGUAUGUAUAUCUGAUUUAAAAGUUGCUUGUAAGUUUAGGGAACAAUGUUUAAACAUAAAAAUAAAACUAAAAGAGGAUGAAGUUGCUAAACAAGUAGAUGGUUAUGAUGACUAUAGUGACGUGAAACUCGAUUAUGAAUCUGAUUCUGAAGAGGAAAAAUAUGACGCCCGUGAUGCCCAGCAGUAUUUUAUAUGUUAUCACUGUGGUGAUAAACACACAUCAAAAGACAAUUUAAUAGAUCAUAUCCAAGGUGUGCAUCAAAGUGAUCAAAAAGACCUUAGAUAUAAAAGAAAAACAAUGUGUCCUCAGUGUGGUAGAAGGUUUGCAAAAGAAUCAUCUAUUAAAGAACAUUUAGAAGUGUGUGAUGGCAUUAGGAGGCAUAGAAAAGUAAAAACACAGCACCAAUGCGAAACGUGCCAAAAAUUCUAUAGUACCAUGAAGAUUUUAAAAUCGCACCAAAAGACAUGUGAUGAAUCUAAUGUGAAAAAAACUGAAUAUCAGUGUCCAAAAUGCUUCAUAUUUUACAAAAAUGCUAAAUGUUUGGCUAACCAUAUGAGGCAGGGUUGUAAAAAAGAGGGUAAAGAACCAUCUUACUUCUGUAAAAGAUGUGAUGGCAUUUUCAACUCCGUAGUAGAUUUAAAAGACCAUUUAUUGAAGGAACACAAUAUAGUAGAUUAUCAAUGCGAGAAAUGUGACAAGGUGUUUGAAAAUAAUGAUGAAUAUACUGCUCAUAAAGCCGCUGAACAUAAAAAGGUUGUUAUUAAGAGAUCAUUCACAUGUCAAGUAUGUUCUACUGAAUUUGAACUACUUAAAGACCUCAUGGACCACUGUACCAAUACACAUUCCUUAGAUGAAAAGUUAAUUAGACCAUAUUCUUGUGAAUUGUGCCAAAAAAGAUUCCGUUCCUCAACAAAUUUGGUUAACCACAAGCUCUACCACGAAGGCAACCGCUCUCAUAUAUGCAGUAUGUGCGGGAAAAGCUUCAUCACAAAAAGUGAUCUACUCAACCAUGAGAUUACCCAUUAUGACAAGAAAAACUAUGGUUGUGACAAAUGCGGAAAAGCAUUCAAAACAAGAAACAAUCUAUGCACCCAUUAUUUAAUAGUGCACACAGAUCCAAUGCUGUGGAAAUUUGUGUGCAAAGUUUGUGGUAAACGAUCGCCUCUGAAAUCAAAUCAUGACCAGCAUACUCGGAGACAUACGGGGGAAAAGAAUUUUGUCUGUUCUUUGUGUAAAAAGCAGUUUGCUAGUAAAAGGGAAAUGCAAGUGCAUAUUUUGUGCCACAGUAAUGUCAAGAGGCAUAAAUGUGAUCAGUGUGGAAAAGAGUAUAGAAAGAAACAUACUUUAGACAUUCAUCUAAAAAAAUCACAUGGUAUUGGGAAUGCCAAAAUCCCUAUACGUAUACGUAAACAUGCAUGUCACAUUUGCCCAGGAAGAUUUUAUGAUAAAAUUAAAUUAGCACGACAUCUUUGUACUCAUUCAGGGUUGAAACCUUUCGCUUGCUUUGCUUGCGAAAAAAAGUUUACUGAUAAAUCAUAUUUGAAACAUCACCUGAAAACUGCUCAUAACAUUUAUGAUGACCCUAUGAAUUCCAUGAUGAAUAAUACUCUUAAAGUUGAAGAGUUACGGCUUGUUAGUUAAGGUUUUUUAAUAUUCUUGUUUGUAUUUUUUUAAGUAAUGUCUUUUUAGUAUGUCUAUAAUUAUACAGAGUAAUAUGAAAAAAAUGUAUUUCUUGAAUUACCUGAAAUUAAAA